CCGUGGACCGAACAGACCCUGAAAUCCAAUGUGAAACCGUGGUGAAAACACACUGAAACGCUGUCAUCGCAGAGACAUGUCACACAGCACCUACAACAAGCUGUGGGCCGACGCCCAGGUAGAGCUCAGCAGCCUGCUGGCGGAGGAGCUUCCGCCGCAGCCCACCCGCCCGGAGAAGGACCGGGUGGUGUUCUUCCAGCGGCUCAUCACGCUGUACGUGCGCUACGUCCGCGUGCUCCGGCACCUGGCGGAGGCGUACGACCAGGUGCUGCAGCCCCAGAAGAGGAGGCUGAUCCGGGGGGUGCUCGACGGGGUGAUGGGGCGCGUGGUGGAGCUGAAGAACGAGAUGGUGGAGAAGGAGUUCUCCGAGUACCACUACAUGGACGACGUGCUGCAGGACCUCAAGCUCACGCCGGCCGACAUUGAGAUCCCCAUCCCGAGGUUCUUCCUCAGCGAGCGAGCCAAGGAGCUGGAGGAGCGACGCAAGAUGCUGUCAGACAUCACGAGCACCAUGGAGGUCCCGGAGAACCUUAGACCCCCCCUCUCCCAGGCCUUGAGCGUGGAGGAGGCCAUCAGGACCCUGCAGGUGGCUGAGCGUGCGCGGCAGGGCAGGCUCCGGGCCCGCUUCAUGAGGGACAUCCAGAGGGCCAAGAGGAGGCAGAGUGUGGCCCCGGACCAGAGGGCCGACGACCCCCACGCCGCUGCCCUCUGCAUCCAGAAGAUGUGGAGAGGGCACGCACAGAGAGAGAGGACCAAGAUAAUGCGGGAGCAGGAGCUAAUCUUUCUGGGAAUGGUCAUGGAGCCAGACCGCUGGAGGCCGGGCGCUGCGAUCGCCGCCGCCCAGAGGAACGAAGCCAGCAGGCGGGGGAAACAGGAGGAGCACGAGAGGGACUACCAGGACUCCAUCGUCACGGUCACAGACGAACUGCGAGAGGCAGAGGGGCCCGACAUGAAGGAGAAGAACAAGACGCAGAUCCGCCAGUGGUUCUUCGAGUGCCGCGACGCGACCGGGUCUUUCCCAGACUACCCAGACGAGGAGGAGGGAGGCUCCACUCUGAUCUUCGCUGAGAAGACGCCUCAACAGCUACUGGAGGAAAUUGCUGCGAAGGAAGAGGAGGAGGUGAACAAGAAGCCAAAGGAAAAGGAUGAGAAAGAGGAGAAGACAAAGAAGGACAAGGGAAAGGGGGAUGAGGAGGAAGAAGAGGCCGGUCUAAAGAUGUUACCCUCUGCGUUCCUCAGCGACCUAGCGGCGAGCAACAAGAUCUACGGAGACGUUUGGCGGAACCGCGGGGAGUCUGAGAACUUCACUCAGAGACACGAGGUGGAGCUGAUCAAAGAGGACAAGAGGCCCCUGAUCGAGGCGGAGAUCCGCCUGCAGGUGGACGAGCUGAUGAGGCAGGAGCUAGCGAGCUGGAAGCUCACGGUGGACAAAGACAAGGGGGGCAAGACAAAGGCCAGCGUCAAAAAAAAGAAGGCAUCAAAGAGCGGGAAGAAGAAAAAGAAGGAGAAAGAUCUGACGUCCGACAGGACCUUUGAGUCUCUGCAUCGGGAGCUGGUGGAACAAGGCUUGCUGAGACAGGCGGAUGAUGUGAGGCUGCAGGAUUUCCAAGGCGACUACAGCUACCUCGGGACCACUCUACGGCAGAACGACAUCGAGCCUAUGCCUUCGCUCUCCGAUGUGCGUCAAGUCCUGGCGCUGUAUGGGGUGUUGCCUCUAGGUUCUAAGGUCGUCCACGAGAAGUCCCCGCUGAUAAAGGCCAUCCUGCUGGUGGGGCCGGCGGGCGUGGGGAAGAAGAUGUUGGUUCACGCCAUCUGCCAAGAGGCCGGGGCCACGCUGUUUGACCUGUCCCCGCUCAACACUGCCGAGAAGUACCCGGGCAAGAGCGGUCUGGCCAUGAUGAUCCAUAUGGUCUUCAAGGUGGCCAGAUUGAUGCAGCCUUCGGUUAUAUGGGUCGGAGAUGCAGAGAAGAUGUUCUACAAAAAAGUCCCAAAGGAAGAGAAGGAGUCAGAUCCGAAGCGGCUGAAGAAGGACCUCCCGAAGGCUCUGAAAUCCGUCAGUGGAGAAGACCGCAUCGUUGUCGUCGGAACAACAAGGGACCCUGGGAGCGCAGACAUCAAGACGCUGUGCAAAGUGUACGACAAAAUCAUCCUGAUUCCCCGACCGGACUACAGCGCAAGAUACGUGCUGUGGAAGCAGCUCAUCAGGAAGCGGGGCGGGGAGUUGACCCCGGCACUGGACCUCAGCUCCCUGGCCAAGAUCUCGGACGGCUACACCCCGGGUCACAUGGUGCGGGUGAUCGGCGGCGUGCUGACGGAGCGCCGCCUCCUCCAGCAGGCCGCCCGACCCCUGAGCGCCGCCGAGUUCGUCCCGCCGCUGGCCAAGUUCGACCCCGUGUUCCAGGACGAGGAGGAGGCCCUCAAAAACUGGUAUGCGAAGACUCCACUGGGGAAGCAGCGCCUGAAGGCCGCGACAGGAAAGGAGGAAGAGGAGGCACCCAAGAAGAAGGACGGCAAGAAGAAGGCAAAGAAAUAAGAAGUACUCGUUCACUAUGGCACCGCCCCACGAAAUAAAAGGUCAAGUUCAUGCUUUUGAUUUCUGGAAGAGCCCAUAAAAAUUAAU